AUGGAUAGAACAAGAGCUCUUCAGGCUUAUAGAGGACUCAUAAGGGCCAUUCUCAAAUAUGAAAGACCAAGCAAGGUAGUCAAUUGGGGAAAUCUGCAGAAGACAAUGAUUACGAAGCUGGAAUAUUCUAAGAAACAAAACCCGAAAAAUUUACACGAGCAUACCGACAGACAGCUAGACAGUUGGAGGAAACUGGAUCCUGGGAAUGACAGAUCUUUGAAUCUGUUUAUUGCUGACUCUAAACUGCUCCGCUCUGUACUACAAAAUGAAAUAAAGUGGGGUGAAAAAAUCGCCCAGGGACAGAACGCUGACGAGAUAUUCGAGCACGCCUUCGACGUUAUCAAAUUCUUGGACAAUCAGAGAGAGUAUGAAGAGCUAGUGGAUAGAUACAAUCCUGGCAACAAAUUGACACAGGACGAGAAGAUCAAAAGGACCGCGAAUAUCGUCGGGCUGGACGUUCCGACAUAG